GAAAAACAUAAUCUUGAUGAUGCAAGGAUGUGAAAGCCCCACUGUACCUUAACAACACAACUUCAUAAUUGAUGAUGAAAUGUAGAUAACUUGAUCCUCAAUUGUCAGUUGAAGGAGUCUUAGUUUUGAAGCCAGUAGCACUAGCAAGCACAUCUAGACCAAGAUAUCAUUAUUUUUAAACAAGUUAUUUCUAUAUUUGGAGAGUCAAUGGAGUUAGCAAGCUGGAAAAAGGCGAACAGUGUUAAAAUUCACAUAUUAUCAAUGUUUUACGUAACAGCAAACAGUAACAAUCUUUGUAGUAAUUCAUUUCGGGACACUGUUGUCAGUCGGACUCCGAGUGAACAAAAUAUGAAUUAAAACUGAAAGUUUUGAUUUACUGUGUAUUCAUUGUAUUGGAUAAAGAUAAUUGUACAGAAGUUUGUUGAACGAAAUUAGGAGCUUUGAUUAUUAGGUUAAUGACCUGUUCCGUCCAAAGUUUUAUCCGUCUUCAUUAGCCCUAUCGGAGCAGAACAGUAAAACGUUCAACCUCAUUUCAUUUCCAAAGUAUUAUUUGAUUAGAUCAUAGUAUUUGAUCUCUCAGUUUGCAAUAAAGCUCAAGUUGAUUAAAGUCAAGGAAUCUCUGUGAACCAUUCUUCGAGAUGAAUUAUACUUUCACACAAAACAUGUUUUCAAGUCAAGAUAUGGUGCUGGUUUGUCGUACAGAAAAAGAAUAUAAAAUUCAUGAAAAAAUGAAAGAAAUUGGAGAUGGAAUUAAAAAACUUAAAAAAGAAAAAUUAGAAGGAUUCAGAGAAAAGAUAAGUGAAGAAGUAGCCAAGUUAUUGGAGCUUAAAGCUAGUCUUCCAGAUGAAGGUCAAAAGAAGUUUGUUCUCAAAACCCCAAAGGGUACAAGAGAUUUUAAUCCUUAUCAGAUGUCAAUUAGAGAGGGGGCGUUUACCAAGAUUAUAGCAGCAUUUAAACGUCAUGGUGCUGAAACAAUUGACACACCUGUUUUUGAAUUAAAGGAAACUUUAACUGGGAAAUAUGGAGAAGAUUCUAAGUUAAUUUAUGAUUUAGCUGAUCAAGGGGGAGAACUUCUGUCAUUAAGAUAUGAUUUAACUGUACCAUUUGCACGUUAUUUAGCCAUGAACAAAAUCACCAAUAUUAAAAGAUACCACAUAGCAAAAGUAUACCGAAGAGAUAACCCAGCCAUGACAAGAGGAAGAUACAGAGAAUUUUAUCAAUGCGAUUUUGAUAUUGCUGGUCAGUUUGAUCCUAUGAUACCAGAUGCUGAGUGUGUUAAAAUAGUUGCUGAAAUUCUCGAGAGUUUAGAAUUAGGAGAUUAUGUAGUAAAGGUAAAUGAUCGUAAAAUAUUAGAUGGUAUGUUUGCUGCUUGUGGUGUACCAGAAGAUAAAUUCCGAUCUAUUUGUUCAGCUGUAGAUAAAUUAGAUAAGACAUUUUGGUCCGAUGUACGAGCUGAGAUGAUUGAUGAGAAAGGGUUAGAUCCAGUAGCAGCAGAUAAAAUAGGAAAAUAUGUUGAACUUAAAGGAGGAUUAGAUUUAGUAGAUAAAUUAUUACAAGAUGAGAAUUUAAUAAAAGAAUCCAGUGCUAAACAAGGUCUAGAAGAUAUGAAAUUAUUACUCAAAUAUUGUGAAUUGUUUGGUGUAUUAGAUAAGGUUAGCUUUGAUUUAAGUUUAGCACGAGGUUUAGAUUAUUAUACAGGUGUUAUUUAUGAAGCUGUUUUAUUAGGGUUUUCCCAUACACCUGGCACUGAGUCGGAAGAGACUAUUGGUGUAGGUAGUGUAGCAGGAGGUGGAAGAUAUGAUAAAUUAGUUGGAAUGUUUGAUCCUAAAAAUAAAAUAGUUCCUUGUGUUGGUGUUAGUAUUGGUAUUGAGAGAAUCUUCUCUAUUCUAGAGGCUAGAGCGAUGGCUUCCGAGAAGAAAGGCCGUACUACAUCAACAGAAGUAUAUGUUAUAUCUGCUCAGAAAAAUAUGUUAGAACAUCGAUUACAAUUAUGUAAAGAAUUGUGGGAUAGUGAUAUUAAGACAGAACAAUCAUACAAGAAAAACCCGAAGAUGUUAGACCAGUUCCAAGCCUGUGAAAAUAAUGGAAUACCCUUAGCUGUUAUUAUAGGAGAUUCUGAAAUCAAAAAUAAUGUUGUUAAAUUAAGAAUAAUAGAAACACGAGCCGAGCGUGAAGUACCAAGAAGUGAAAUGGUAGAAGAAAUCAGAAAAGAAUUGGCUAAUUUAUAAUAUUUAUUGUUCAUUCUCAUGAAAAUCUGGACUAGAUAACAGGGAAGAAACUCGAUAUAAACUUUACUCUUAAAUUAUCAAAUAAUGAGGUUUAUAACAGGGUGGCAUCUCCUCAGUUACAACACACCUUUUUAUGGUAUCAACACCCACCACGCUCCUUUGCUACUGAAAAAUACAAAUUUUAAAACUCUUGUAUAUUUUUUUGAAUAUGUCAUGUCCUUCGAGCUACACACAAAAUGUUUCAUUGUUAUUCUAAAUACACAAGUCAUAUAUUGUUUACUUGUCAUUGGUGCAUUUUUCUGUUAUUUUCGGUUCUCCUAUUAGUGUUUAACGUGAUCCUAUAAAAUCAUCGAUUGAUUUUAUUUCAACGUUAGACCAAAAUCAAUCAGUUAUUUACUGAACUAACAAUUACUUGUAGAAUACUGUUUGUAUAUUUGAGAAUAAUGAUAAAGCUCAACUGUCUUCAAUAUUUAGUCUAAUAAAAAUUAGACCUAUACAAAAAUUAAAGAAAUUGAGUUAUAAUUUAGAAGAGAUAAUAGAUGUAUCAUUAUGGUAGAGGAAUAUAAUUUAUUAUGAUGAUAUUAAGUAAGGUGUUUAUUGUAUAUACAAUGAAUCAAUGUUUGUCUAUAUUGCUUUGUAUUUUGUUCUAUGUGGAAAUGUAAAUCAU